AUGUCUUUUUUAAGUUGCGCAGCUUAUCAAGCAUGUGAUAGUAAAAUAUCAUCAAAAGCAAUAUUUUAUUGUGUACAGUGUGAUGUAUUACAAUGUAUUUUAUGUGAACAACAAAUUCAUAAAAUUUCAAAUAAUAAAACACAUGAACGAUUAAAUGUAGAUGAAAUUGACGGUGAUUAUUGUUCAAUAAAUAGAAGUCAUCCAGCUGUUUUUUAUUGUUCAACUUGUACAUUAUCAUUUUGUUAUUUAUGUUAUAAAAAUAAACAUAAAAAUUCAGAUGGAAGAGAACAUAAACUACACAAAUCUAAAGAAGAACAAAUGUUCAUUUCGGACAAGGAUAAUGUACAUUCUCGACUAGAAGGAAAACCUACUUAUCCACAAUUAUCCUCCGUUACACAUGACAACAAUUCUUAUAAACAAAAUAACUAUAAGAACACUUCGGCAUCUACAUUUUCAGAUGUUGAACUAGAUAAUUAUGAUGCAAAUGAUAUAUUAUCAUCACAACAACAAAAUGAUUCGAAACAAAUAAAGAAUUCUACAGCUAUUAUCUCUCAACAGAAACAAACUAUGAAUCAUAUCUCCAAAGGAGACAAAUUUCAUGAGCAAAUAUCAGAUACAGACAAUCAACAAAAUUCAUUGAAUACAGAUUCAAAUGGAGUUUUUCUCUUAUUAAAUGCACAAGAACAUUUAACUGUUAAUCAUGAAUCUGAUUUUAUUCGUCAAUUAAAAUGUUCGACACAAGAUCCACAAGUUAAAUGUAUUUCUAUUAUUGGUAAUACAGGUGAUGGGAAAUCUUAUGCAUUAAAUCAAGUAUUUUUUAAUGGAAAAGAAAAAUUUCAUACAUCAUCAACAACUGAAUCAUGUACAAUGGGUGUAUGGUCAGCAUUAGAUGAAAAUCAACGUACACUUAUACUUGAUACUGAAGGUCGACUUGGUUUAUCACAAAAUGAUAAUAUUCGUAAUAGACUUUUACUUAAAAUUUUAUGUAUAAGUGAUAUUAUUAUAUAUCGAACACGAGCACCUAAAUUACCUAAUGAUAUGUUUCAAUUUUUAUCUGAUGCUUCAAAUGCAUUUCUAAAAUAUUUCCGAAAAGAAUUAGAAAAUGUGAUGAAAAAUUGUAAAGUUGAUGGACCUAUGUCAACAAUGGGACCAACAUUAAUUGUUUUUCAUGAAACACAAUUUACUGAAGUAUUACGAGAUCAUUUUCAAUGUCAAAAAACAGCUGUUGAACAAUUAAAAGAACGUUUUGAUAAAAUGAACUUAUCAUAUGAUGCAUAUAGUUCAAUUGAAUAUGUUGGAAUUCAAACAUUAGGUGGAACAGAAACGGAUUUUAGUGAAAUAAAAGCAACAGUUACAGAAAUACUUGAAAAUAAUAAAAUUCGUUCUCCACGACGUUUAUCAAUUAUUUUUAAAGCAUUAAAAGCCUUGAAUCAAAAAUUUAAUCAUGCUAUACCUCCUGAAGUGCCUUCAACAUUACCCGAUGAGUUCUUUACAUGUUAUGUUAAAUGUGAAUCUUGUGGAAUUAAAUGUACAUUAGCUGCAAAUCAUCAAAAAGACAAUAUUCCACAUCAAUGUGAUAAACGAUGUUCAUAUAAUAAAGAAUUAGAUAAUGAAGUUUGGAAAUGUUUACCAUGUCAUCGUGAAGGACGUGAUAUGAUUGUAUAUGGAAAACUAAUAACAAAAAAUGAUAGCCUUGUACAAGGACUUCUAAAAUAUGUUUGGUCUGGUUUUGUUAUUGAAUGUUCUCAUCAUGGCGAAAUCUAUCGAUCAAGAAAAUAUUGGUAUGGAAAUAAUGAACCAAAAGAUGUAACACGUGUUGAAGUUGUUCAUGUUUGGCCAGGUGAAGACAAUAGUCGAGUUGCUAGUGAUGUAACACCAAGAAAAAUUCUUGAAGGUAUUCAUAAUGUUGGAAGGUUUGUUCUAUAA